AUGCGUGUGGCCAAGCCCAAGACGCCUGCACCCAGCGAAGGCUGCUUCUCCUUCCUCUGCGGCGGUGCUCCUGCCAAGGAGCGCGAGGUGGAUGUCAUCCUCAUCGGUGCCGGUGUGAUGAGCGCCACCGUCGGCCUGAUGCUGAAGGAGCUGCAGCCCAACUGGAAGAUGAUGAUGUUUGAGCGCCUCGGCGCGCCGGGUGAGGAGAGCUCCAACGGCUUCAACAACGCAGGCACCGGCCACGCCGGCUUUAUGGAGCCCAACUACACGAAAGAAGUGAAGAAUUCGGACGGCACACUCAAGACGGUGACGACUGACAAGGUUGAGCACGUGUGCGAGCAGUUCCUCUCCAGCCGCCAGUACUGGGAGUACCUUACGAAGAAGGGGUAUCUUCCCAAGCCGGACACGUGGAUCCACCAGACAAACCACAUCGCGCUGGGAGUUGGACAGGACCAGGUGGAAUUCAUCAAGAAGCGCUACGAGGCGAUGAAGGACCAUCCCCUCUUCAGCUCCAUGGAGAUCUGUCUGCCGGAGGAGAAGGAGAAGGCCAAGCAGUGGGUUCCACUCGUUGUCAAAGGCCGCGAUCCCAACGAGCCGAUCUGCAUGACCAAGGUGCCCCAUGGCACGGAUGUUGAUUACGGCGCACUGACGAAGGCCAAGAUCACGGCCUUCCAGGAUCUGGGAGGUGACCUCCGCUUGCACACUGAAGUCAAGGAUGUCAAGAAGAAAGACGGCAAGUGGGUCGUGACGACCCACGUCCGGGGCGCAGGGUCAGGUUGGGCGUACAACAAGGCCAAGUUUGUCUUUGUCGGAGCCGGAGGCUGGGCACUGCUGAUGCUUCAGAAGGCUGGCAUCCCAGAGGUCAACGGCUACAUGGCGCUGCCCGUCACUGGCGACUGGGCAAUUUGCCAGAACCCAGAG